AUGGUGAGGAUCAACCAAACUACUACAGUAACGGAGUUUCUCUUCUCUGGAUUCCCACAGUUUGAAGAUGGUAGACUCCUCUUCUUCAUUCUGUUGUUUGUUAUCUACAUAUUCAUUGUCAUUGGGACUUAUUUUUUUUUUGCAGUCAAGGUGGAUACCCGUCUCCACAACCCCAUGUAUAAUUUUAUCAGCAUUUUCUCAUUUCUGGAGAUCUGGUACACAACUGCCACAAUUCCCAAGAUGCUCUCUAACCUCAUCAGUAGGCAGAGGAUCAUCUCCAUGAUUGGCUGCCUCUUGCAGAUGUACUUCUUCCAUUCACUGGGAAAUUCAGAGGGGAUUUUGUUGACCACCAUGGCCAUUGACAGGUACAUUGCCAUCUGUAACCCUCUCCACUACCCAAUCAUCAUGACCCCCAGGCUCUGUGCUCAGCUCUCUGCAGGGUCCUACAUCUUUGGCUUUCUUGUGUUGGUCCCAGAGAUUGCAUGGAUUUCCACACUGCCCUUCUGUGGACCCAACGAAAUCCACCAGAUCUUCUGUGAUUUUGAACCUGUGCUGCGCUUGGCCUGUACAGAUACGUCCAUGAUUCUGAUUGAGGAUGUGAUCCAUGCUGUGGCCAUCAUAUUCUCUGUCCUGGUUAUUGCCCUUUCUUAUAUCACAGUCAUCACUGUGAUCCUGAGGAUUCCCACUGUUGAAGGCCGCCAGAAGGCCUUUUCUACGUGUGCAGCCCAUCUUGGUGUCUUUCUGAUGUUCUAUGGCAGUGUGUCCCUCAUGUACCUGCGUUUCUCUGCCACUUUCCCACCAAUUUUGGACACAGCUAUUGCACUGAUGUUUGCAGUUCUUGCUCCCUUUUUCAACCCUACCAUCUAUAGUUUUAGAAAUGAGGACAUGAAGAUUGCAAUUAAAAAGCUUUUCUGCCCUCAGAAGAUGGUUAAUUUAUCUUCAGAUCAGUGCUAGCUCAUAGGCACCUUUCACUGUGGAUGCUACUGUAACCCAAUAAACCGUAUAAUUAACAUAUAAUUCAUCCAUUGUUACACUGAUAUUUUGUGUCUCUUUAUCCCUGUUCUUUCCAUGUACAUGUAUAUCCUGCUUUCACAUGUCAAAUUAAGAUAGCAUGGACUACCUGUCUAG